GCGCACGAAAACAAAUACGAACCUAUUUGCAACUGGUGCUCAAAAAGCUACAUCACCAGAAUGCAGUCAAUUAUAAUGCUCUGUGAGACUGAGUUCUCUGACAGACAAUUGAUGUCAGAGAGCGGAAUUUCAGCUUAAAGCCGCAAGCCGUGCCGGCUCGAGUUCUCAUAACAUCGAAACAUAUCUGCAUAGCAUGGAUAAAAUCGAACACGGCAUUGAAAAUAUUAAUAACAGUUGGUCGAAACAUUUCGGCAGUGGCAAGUCUAAGGCUAAGAACGCCAAGAACAAGGCGAAUGCCAUGGAAGACGAUGUUGCCGGCCACGAAAACCGCUUUGAGAAUGCGGGCACCCAAGCGAGAUCUAAUGCUCGUGGUGCCAGAGACACAUUUGCCGGUGGCUCCGCCGAGUUAGGCGAUGAUGAGCGUUCCUACCAGACACAAGGUCAAAACCGUGGAUAUGACAGUACCAUGUCCCCCGACACUAGCGGCGCCCACGCCGGUACUCGACGUGAGGGUGCUCCACAGAGAAGUGCCACUUACGAUUCUGGUAAUGUUGCUGCAUCUGGUCAAUUCCGCAAUGAAAUGUCACCCGUCGUUUCUAAGGGAGCCGACAUGAACGAGGGCGCACUCAAGUCGCCAGUGUCUCGUUCAUCAAGCCGCAGCAGAGGUUUCACAAACAUUAAGAUUACUGCUACUCAAAACAAUGUUGACGCUUUGAGUGGUGCCCCCAUUAAAAUUGUAACAACUACCAAUGCUCGCAUUCCCUCAGAUGAGGGUGCCUUGCAAGAGCUGAUGCAGCAGAAGGAUUCUGCUCUCAGAGAAGCCAGAGAUGCUGAGAACGAGCUUGCGCGUGCUCGUCGUAUGAAUGAUCGGUCGUUGGAAGACGCCCGUGCUUUGGAGAUGAAGGCCAAGAAAGCUUUCGAGGACGCUGAACGUGCCGAGAGACGCGCCCGUGAAGUUCAACAAAACAUUGAGCGUGCCGCAGCUAGUCGUGAGGCUCGUGCUCGCGAGGAUGCUGAGAGAGCUGAACUUGCUCUCCGUCAAGCGCAAGCCAACCAUCAUUUGGCUGUUGCCAAUGCUGAGUUGGAGAGUGCUGAAACACGUUACGACAUUGCUCUGAGAAGCCGUGACGCGUGGAAGGCUCAAUUGGACACUAACGUUGCUCGUCAAAAUGUUAAUGUUGACGGCGCUCGUUAUGAUUAUGAGAAGGCAAAGCAGGAAGCUGCCAUUCGUGAAGCCGAGUUUAAGAAAGCUCAGGCCGAGAACGCUGCCAUGCUCUCUGAGUACGAAGAGCGUUACGAGUCCACCAUCCGCACUGCUUCCAUUCGUGAAGCCGAAGCUCGCAACUUGCGUGUACACAUGGAGGACACUCUCCGUGAUGCCAAGAACAGAAGUUUCGAAGCUUCCCAAGCCAUUGACCGUGUUGUCGGCGAAAACAAGAAACAUCUUGGUGACUUGGAAGAAGGUGUUCGUGAUGCACAGUUGAUGCUGAACAACAACCAAGGUGACCUGGACAAGAAGCGUGCCUACUACAGAAACAACAUUGAUGAUGCCACUCGUGAAUUAGAAGCCGCCAAAGCAAAGCUUGCUCAAGCCAAGCGUGACGCUGACGAAUUCGAGAACGAUGUCGCCAACAACAUCAACAUGUACACAACUAAGCUUCGUACUGCUCAAGAUGACUUGAACAGAGAGAGAGCAAUGGCUGAUGACCGCGAGCGAAAGAUUCGCAUGCAAGUGAACCAAUCUUAUGACGCCGUCAAAGCUGCUGAGAAGCGUAACGAGGGCAUUGAAAAGAUUGCCUUGGAAAAGGAGCGUGAAGCCCGCGAGCUCCGCGACAAGAGCGAGUCUCUCAUGCGCGAAAUGGAGUCUAAGCGUUCAGUUGUCAGCGCCCCCUCGAACAAGACUGUCGACCAGGCUGGUUUGGACAAGUGCUUAGAACGCCUUCGUAUUGAGGAGCGUCGUCUCGACGAGGUGAAGCAGCCCAUGCGUGACCAGGACAAGUAUGCUGAUGACGUGGAAGCUGCCAAGCGUGCCCUCGAUAAUGCCAAGGCCGAGGUGAACCGGGCAAAGCAAGAGCUGAACUCGUUGUCUUCUCAACAAUCUCGCCUCGGCUCUAGUCGCGGCGGUUCCAAGACUUACUAUUCUGACGCACCAAACUACUCCGCAAACGCCCGCACUACGCUUCGUCACGACGAACCUGCAGUGACUGCAGAGGUUAGACACGGAAGUACUGGCGGGUCUGGUCAGGUUUCUGCGCCAAUGAAGAGCAAGACUCUUCGCGCUGGUAAGUAAAUUCGUGCAAGCUAGCCUUGGCUUUCUCGGUUGUCCGCGGUGCUGUACUAUCUUGCCGAUUCCGGAUUAAUUCAGCAUACUAAUUCUGACCGUGACCAGACGGCGAUCAACAAAAUUCAAAUGUGAUUGACUUCUUUCCUCGCGACGACAGAUCAAGUGUGACGACUUCCAACAAUUAGUCAUUCGGGAUUAUGGUGACUUUAUGAUUAUGAACAGUUAUCUUCUUUUCUCUUCUUCAUGUCGGUUGCGGAUAUUUCUCACAUUUUUACCUCAUGAGUAAUGAUAAUAGUUCCUUUUUGUUUUCGUUCCCUAUAUGCUUAUAAUAUAAUAGCACAAGUAACUGUUGAAUAUAAAUUAAUGGCAAAAAUGAUGUGGUG